UGAAAUUCAAACAUAAUUAGCAGAAACGCGGUUAAUUAGGAGGCAAAAAUUAAAUUAAUACAGGCGUGAAGUUGCUGCAGGUGAAACAGCAGAUGAAUUAACUCCUCGCCAGAUGGCGCAGUGUACUCGUGAUGUUGUUACAUACUGUAAGGGCGUGUGAGUGCUUGUGUAAAAAAAUAAGUGUUUCGUGAUAUUUCAAGCGCUAAUGGACAUCGAAAUUGGUAUACGAGUAGAGAUGUGAAGGGAAGGUUAUACAAACACACCGAACAGUGCCUUAAGUUUAUAAACUAAAUCAAUCAAGUGCCUAAAUUAGAGUACAAACGAACGAGUAACGAGAAACGAAUAUUUAUGUAAUAGGUAUCAGUCGAGUGUUCAUCGGAAACAUCUGGCGCGUGACGUGGUUUCGAGAGGAGCCGGCUGCUGCGACAUAGCUGGAGGCAGCUAACGUCGUCAACCGCUAAAACACUCCAAGACAAGAAACAGAACAGCUUUAGUGAAGAAAGACGUCCAUCCACCAGACCAACGAGCCGAGGAUCCAUAGGACUUAGGUGUUAGGAGUUAGACCGCACUCGCUGAUCAAGAUGGCGACGCUGUCCCUGAAGAUAUCCCUGGAGGGAGGGAAGGUGGUGAAGACGAUACAGUUCGAGCCGUCCACCAGUGUGUACGACGCCUGCAGGAUCAUCAGAGAGAAGAUACUGGAAGCCAAUGACAAUGACCCUAAAGAGUACGGCCUGUUCCUGGCCUCCGAGGAGGAUAACAAGAAAGGCAUCUGGCUGGAGGCGACUCGCAGUCUGGACUAUUACAUGCUGAGGAACGGGGACCUGCUGGAGUACAACAAGAAGACCAGGAACCUCAGGGUCCGGAUGUUGGACGGCACGGUCAAGACUCUGCUGGUGGACGACAGUCAGAUAGUGGCCAACCUGAUGGUGGUGAUCUGCACCAAGAUAGGCAUCACCAACUACGACGAGUACGGCUUGGUCAGGGAGGAGGUGAAGGAGGAUGCCGACCCUUGCGAGAGACCCAACUACGGCACCCUCACGCUGAAGAGGAGACAUCAUGAGAAGGAGAGGGACGCCAAGAUGGAACAGCUCAGGAAGAAACUCAGGACUGACGAUGAAGUAAACUGGGUGGAGCCGUCCAAGACUCUCCGCGAGCAAGGCAUCGAGACCAGCGAGACGCUGCUGCUUCGUCGGAGACUGUUCUUCUCCGACCGUAACGUGGACUCUCGCGACCCCGUGCAGCUCACUCUGCUGUACGUGCAGGCCCGGGACGCCAUCCUGGCCGGCACACACCCCAUCACACAGGACAAAGCGUGCGAGUUCGCGGGUAUUCAGUGCCAGAUACAGUUCGGAGAUCACAAGGAAGACAAACAUACGCCCGGAUUUUUAGACCUGAAGGAGUUCCUGCCAGCGUCUUACGUGAAGGUGAAGGGCAUCGAGAAGAAGGUGUUCCGCGAACAUCGCAAGCACGCCGGCCUCAGCGAGCUGGACGCCAAGGUGCUCUACACCAAGAGUGCCAGGGACCUCAAGACUUAUGGAGUCGCAUUCUUUUUGGUCAAGGAAAAGAUGAAAGGCAAGAAUAAACUGGUUCCUCGUCUCCUGGGCGUCACCAAGGACUCCGUGCUCCGCCUGGACGAGAAGACCAAGGAGAUCCUGCAGACCUGGCCGCUCACCACCGUCAGGAGGUGGUGCGCCAGUCCCAACACCUUCACGCUAGACUUCGGAGACUACAGCGACCAGUACUACUCGGUGCAGACGACGGAGGCCGAACAGAUCCUGCAGGUGAUCGCGGGCUACAUCGACAUCAUCGUGAGGAGGAGGCGGGCCAGGGACCAUCUCGGCCUGGAGGGAGACGAGGGAUCCGCCAUGUUGGAAGACAGCGUCGCGCCGUCCAAGGCUAACAUCAUCCAACACGACACCUUCAAGUCGGCCAAGCCCAAUCAAGAAUCAGUGGCCAAGCCGGCAGUCCUCAGACCUGGAGCGGAAGGGGCCAAGCCGUUCUCGGUGGCGCACGUGACGGGGGCCCAGCAGACCACGCUCUCGGGGAGGGUCGUCACCGGACACGCGCCGCCAGCUGCGACGCAGGUUCAGCAAACAAAAAUCACUUCUAUACUGACGGAACCGCAGAGGGCGUUGUUGUCUACCAUCACGAGCGGCAAGGAGAUCAUCAAGCAGACGGAGGCCGGGCUCACCAGGACGUCCUUGGAGCCCCCGAGCGGCGACGCGGGCUCGAUACGCUGGCGGGAGGCCAGGCUCGGCAGCAGCAAGCAGCUGGUGACGUCACACAUCGCAGCAAUGAACGCAGCGACAGCACAGGUCGUCACCCUCACCGCCGGGCCGGCGGAGGAGGUGGACCACACGGCGGUCGGCGCCGCCAUCACCACCAUCACCACCAACCUGCCCGAGAUGACGAAGGGAGUCCAGAUGAUCGCUGCCCUCAUGGAGGACGAGCACUCCGGGGACAACCUCCUGGACGCCACCAGGAAGCUCUGCACCGCUUUCUCCGACCUGCUGAAGGCGGCUGAACCUGACACUAAGGAGCCUCGCCAGAACCUGCUGAACGCAGCGUCUCGUGUGGGCGAGGCGUCCACCGGCGUCCUGCACACCAUCGGCGAGGAGACCGACGACGACAAGGAGACUCAGGACAUCCUGCUGUCGCUGGCGAAGGCGGUGGCGAACACCACAGCGGCUUUAGUGCUGAAGGCGAAGAACGUGGCGGCGCAGUGCAAGGACGAGCAGCCGCUGCAGAACACUAUCAUCGCUGCAGCGACACACUGCGCCCUGGCCACCAGCCAACUGGUCGCCUGUGCCAAGGUGGUAGCGCCCACGCUUCACAACCCCGCCUGUAGGGAGCAGCUGACGAGUGCGGCGCGGCUCGUGGCUCAGGCUGUGGAGAAGCUGGUGUCUAGCUGUCAGCAGGCGCCGGACUCCGCCGCAGCUGGAGUGGAACAGCUCGUGGCCGCGGCGCAGAGGGUCACGGACGAGCUGGAGAGACUGCUGGCGCACUGUCACGUGGAUCGUCGCGUCCAGACGUCGGUGGUGGAGCAGUCGGUGGAGGGCGUGGUGUGUGCCAGCGAGAGUGUCUCCGAGGCGGCCGACGGUCCCGAGAUGGUGAGGCGGGCCAGGCUGCUGGGACAGGCCACCGCCCGACUCAUAGCGGACAUCAAGACUGAAGCUGAGAAUCAACCUUCCGACUCCCAACGCAAGCUGCUGGCGGCCGCCAAGUUACUAGCGGACGCCACCGCCAGGAUGGUGGAGGCGGCCAGGCUGUGUGCGUCACUACCACAGGACCGCGAGAAGCAGGAGAAUCUGCGUCGUGCUGCAGAGGAACUGAAGAUCAUAGCAGCGGACUACGCCCAGCACCAGGCGGCGCCCGACAAACACAGAGCCAGGCUGGCGGAGAGCGCCCGCCAGGCCGCGGCCAGCGCCACUCAGCUGAUAACGUCCGCCCACAACGCCGCCCACUACAACAGCAACAAGUACUCCCAGGACACACUGGCCUCGGAGUGCGGCGUGCUGGAGCAGCAGUCGGCCAGGCUGGCGCGCGCCGCCAGGAGCUGGGCCGCCGCGCCCGGGCAGCCCGCCGCCAACCUCGACCUGCUGGCCGCCGCCGACGCCUUCCUGCAGCCGAGUGGGCACGUGAUCCAAGCAGCCCGCGGCGUGCUGCCCACCAUCAGCGACGCCACCGCAGCCAAACAGCUGGCCGACACCACGCAUCAGUUCACGGCCAGCUGUGCUGACCUCAGGUCAUCGGCGUCCCGCGCCCGUUCCAGCGGACGCGGCGGAGAGCUGGAGGCGGCCGAGCACGUGCUGCUAGAGCUGCAGGAUGAGCUGGACCAGCUGGAGGCCGCCGCCAGGGAUCUGGAACUGACGCCCGUACACGGACACACGGCGGAGUGGGCGUACAGUGCCCUGCAGACGUCUGGGCGAUCUGCGUCAUCAGCGGGGGCGCAGCUGGCGGCGGGCGCCAGGCGAGGGGACGGCGCCGCCGCCGGACGGGCCGCCUCCGAGCUUGCCGCCGCCCUCAGGGACUUCACGCCGCCGCUCAGGGCCGCCGCCGCCGCCGCCAGCGAGACACACAGGCACAAGGUUCUGACGUGCGGCAAGCAGGUCCUCCAGUCCUCCCUGACCCUGGUCCAGCGGGUCCAAGCCCAGCUGGCCAGCGGAGAGACCGACGACGAGGAGCUGAUGUCGUUAGCGCGCCAGGUGUCCCAGAACAUAGAGCACACCGUGGACUCCGCGCCCGCCCUCAGGGAACUGGACGCCGCCCUGGACAGCAUCGCACAGACUCUCGGAGUACUGGAUAUGGGAGAGUUCCCCACCAGCGACAGACCUUACAGUGAGCUUCAAACGGAGCUGAACUCGGCAGCCGUGGAGCUGAACUCGGCCUCCGCCCGCGUGGCCGAGGGCGGCGCCCCCGAGGCCCUGCCGCCCGCGGCCGAGGACUACCUCACCGCCUUCGACAGAUUAAUCGCAGUCGGACUCGAGAUGGCGGGACGGACAGAGGAGCUGGAGAGUCGCACGCAGAUGAUGGGAUCCCUGAAGACGGUGACGGUGAACUCCUCCAAGCUGCUCAUCACCGCCAAGUCUGUCAGCCAGGAUCUGACGCGACCCAAUGCCAAGAACCAGCUGGCGGCGGCGGCCCGCGCCGUCACCGACAGCAUCAACGCUCUGGUGGACGUGUGCACGGAGGCGGCGCCCGGGCAGAAGGAGUGCGCCGCGGCCGUUAGGAACAUGCAGGCCGCCACGGCGCUCCUCACCGCGCCCUCGCAACCUCUCACCGAGAUGGGCUACUUCGACUGUCUGGACGCCGUGGUCGACCAGAGCAAGAUGCUCAGCGAGGGCAUGUCGGGCAUGGCGGGCGCGGUGAAGGUCGGGCCCGGCGCCACGGACCGCCUGUGUCGCUCCGUGGGCACCGUGGCCUCCGCCGUCCAGGGACUGGUGGAGUGUACCGCGCAGGCCGCUUACCUGGUGGCCGUGUCGGACGAGUCGUCGGUGGCGGGCCGCGCCGGCCUCGUGGACCAGGCACAGUUCGCGCGCGCCGCGGCCGCCAUAGACGCUGCGUGCGCCGCCCUGUCCGCCCCGCGCGCCCAGCAGCAGCAGGUGCUGUCGGCCGCCACCGCCAUCGCCAAGCAUACGUCCGCCCUGUGCAACGCGUGCCGCGCCGCCUCCGCCAGGUGCACCGAGCCGCAGAGCAAGAGACACUUCGUCCAGGCCGCCAAGGACGUCGCCAACUGCACGGCCUCGCUCGUCAAGGAGAUCAAGGCUCUGGACGCUGAUUACUGCGAGGAGAACCUGUUUCGCUGUUCCUCCGCGACCCGGCCGCUCCAAGACGCCGUUCGUUCCCUGCGAGCCUUCGCGGACAGUCCCGAGUUCGCGGCGGUCCCGGCGAGGAUCUCGCCGCAGGCCAGGGACAACCAGGAAGCUAUACUGCAGUGUGGAAGGAGUAUCAUAUCGGAGUCGUGCUGCAUGGUGGAGGCCGCGCGGGCCCUCGCACUCAACUCCUCGGAGCGGACCCACUGGCACACGCUGGCCCAUCACAGCAAGGCCGUGUCGGAUACCAUCAAGUCACUCGUCACCAACAUCCGUGAGAAGGCACCCGGUCAGCGGUCGUGUGAGGCGGCGCUGCAGGUGAUCGUCCAGCAGCAGAGAGCCCUGGACCUGGCCGCGCUACAGGCUGCUGGGAUGGAGCUACAGCCACAUGCCGGGAACACGCUGCAGGGAUUCUCCGAGCAGAUUGAGAACAGUCUGGCGGAGAUGAUGGAGCGGAUCGAACCUCUGAGGCUGGCCGCCAGGAGCGAGGCCGAGAACCUGGGACAUGCCGUCACGCAGCUGGUGUCGUACUCAGAGCCGCUGGUGAGCGGAACGUGCGGCGCGGCGUCUCACAUGACGGACAGCGCGGCGCGGGACGUACUGCUGCAGCACGCCACCACCGUCAUGGAGACCCUGGCGCUGCUGGUGACGGCCGCCAAGCAGGCCGCCGGCAACCCGAGGGCGGUGAGCGCGCACGGGGAGACGGACGCCCAGGCGAGCCUGGCGCGGUCCGCGCUGAGCGAGAUGAGCGCCAGGGUCCGGGACCUCAGUCUGCAGGCCGGCGCUGUGGGCCCGCUCGUGGAGAGCGUGGCGCGGGCCGUGGCGAGACUCACCGAGCACAGAAUGUCGCUGAUCGGCUCCUACGAUGAGACGGACUCCUUCGUGGACUAUCAGACCCGCAUGGUGGGCGUCGCUAAGGAAAUAGCCCACCUCGCCUCCGACAUGACCGCCAAAGCGGCGACGGAGCCUUCUCGCUUGGUCGAAGUCGGUAACGCGAUGGUGGGCAAGUAUGAGCGCCUGGCCACCGACAGCGUGGGCGCCGCCGCCACCACACCUAACGCGGACGUGGCCAGCAGGAUCCGCGUGUCAGCGGUGGAGCUGGGCGAAUGUGUGUCGGAGUUGGUGCGAGCUGGUGGUCACUGUCGCCUAUCAGCCACCGCGCUCAACCAGCGAGCUGUGGCCGACAACGCGAGGAAAGUCAGCGAGAAGGUGGUGUCAGUGCUGAGCGCCCUGCAGGCGGGGUCUCGCGGGACUCAGGCCUGCAUCGACGCGGCCGCCACCAUCGCCACCAUCCUGGGGGACCUCGACACCACUAUACUGUUCGCCAGCGCCGGCACGCUCCAAUCUGACAAGCCAGGUGACACGUUCUCCAACCACCGUGAGGGUAUCCUGAAGACCGCCAAGACCCUGGUGGAGGACACCAAGACGUUGGUCAGCGGAGCGGCCUCCAGCCAGGACCAGCUGGCCAGCGCCGCCCAUAGUGCCGUGGAUACCAUCGUUCAACUGUGCAGCGUUGUGAAGGCCGGUGCGGCAUCGCUGGGUGCGGGCGGGCCGGAGCCGCAGGUGAUGGUGCUGCACGCGGCCCGGGACGCCGCCGCCGCCCUGAGGGACCUCGCCGCAGCCACGGCCGCCGCCUCCGGGAAGCACGUCACCAGCCCCGACAUGCAGAGGCUCAAGCACGCCGCAAAGCGGCUGUCGGACAAACGUUGGAGCCUGCCUCUCAAACCUGACACCCUCCCGCGGAUCAAACGGCGAUCGGUACAGAUCAAGGAUUAUAACUCGUGCGAUUCAGAGACAGACAUGUUUCAGUCCGACCAGGAGGACGAGCUGGUCAGGCUGCUGGACUACUCCAGCCACGACGAUGACGUCUCCCCUACCAUAUUCCACGACAGCUGCGAGGAGCUCAUUGCAUACUUUGAAAGUAAAAUGACCGAAGUUCCAAAGAGAGUCCCCAAUGAUGACGUCAACAUACGAUACAACUUAGCCUCCAGAAAUAGUCUGUUCGACAUGGACUGGCGGGUCCUUAAGUACGGUGAGACUAUAUUUUUGGGAGAACUACGGAAAUUGGUCGACUUAUGUCUAGAGUUUCUAGAUAAAGUUGAGAAAAGACGAAAGAGAAAAGCGGAAGCCGUAGAUAAAGCCAACUCUGAUCUGGACAGUGAAAUGAAAAGGUUAUCGCAGGUCAUAGUCGAUCUAGAUUUCCAAAAUUUGGUUUUGGACAAAAAUGAAAUCAACGUCAACAAACACACGGCUGCCAAACCCGUAGUAGAGAAACCGAAGUUAAAGAGUCCCACAUUCAAAGUUAAAAAAGUUAAAACUAUCAAUUUGGCCAUUAACUUGGAACCAGACGUUGAAUACGUUGACGAUGGUAAGGAAACUCCAACAAAUGACGUGAAGAACGAUGUGGAUAAAAAAGCGGACAAUAAGAAACAGUUCUGGGACAUGUUCAAGGAUGACAGCGAGUGGUGGAAGGAACUGGCCAAGAGGAACUUGGAGAAAAUGAAAGAGACCAGGCUGGAACUAGAACGAUUCAGCGGGCACGAGCUGGGGCUGGGAGAAAUAAAGACAGAGAUAGACAAAUACACGAGAGAGAAAGAGACGCUAGAGAGUUUCAUAGAAGACAUCGACAGCUCCCAAACGUGCAACAGAGACCUGGAGUAUGACAAGAAAUAUGAAGAGAUGGUCCUCAAGCUCAUACAGUUCGCCAAAAAGGACUUCGUGUUUAAAGGAUUCGAUCCUCUCAUAGAGAAACUCAAACAUCUCUCGAACAUUCAAGUAGACGGACGCCACAAAAAAGUCCAAAUACGUGACAUCUUGGAUGUAUACUCAAAGAUAGAUAUAUCCAAAUAUACUUACGAAGAACUGUGUCUCCUGGAGAGAUACUACAAGGAAGUAAUAAGAAGAUAUAAAAUGGAAACCAGAGGGAAAGAGAACGAAACAGACUUAGAGCGAGAAGACACGAGGUCAGCACCUCCGGACUACAAUAGAAGGGUCAUGUUGAAUGUCAACUCUCAACAGAAUCACGACAGCAGCAACAAGCGACACACGACCAACUCGCUCACAAGAAACAGUAUCUUAAAGAAGUCUAGACACAGCCGAAACAGUCUAGAAAUAUUGGACCUGACCCGCACCUACCCCAUGGAAUACUACGCCAACAACUGGUGGAAAAUAUACGAGGAUGUGCUAAAGAAUCGAGAACAACGGUUCGGGAGCAUCGAUAACUGGUGGAACUACUAUGAGAGUAUGUUGAACGGCAGUCACAGUGACGGAGACUCGAAUACGAUGCAGGCUAUGAUCAGACAGAGGAGGAGGAGACCCACCAGCCGGAUGGAGGAACAGCUCCGGAUGCUGGAGGAAGUACAGCACUCGAGGUUCAGGGAGAGCGAGGGCGUGGAAACCGGGGACAAGGAAUCGGUUAUGGUGACCAAUGUGACGUCAUUGCUGAAGACUGUGAAGGCGGUGGAAGACGAACACACGCGCGGCACCCGAGCACUCGAGUCUACCAUCGAAGCCAUCUCCCAGGAGAUUGAGAUGCUGUACACGCCGGCGUCAUCUCCAUCGUCGGUGGAGGAGCUGGUCCGCUGCGCUCGCCUCAUGACGGCGGCCACGGCCCGCGCGGUCGCCGCGUCCGGCCAGGACCAGCUGACGGCCGCCGCCAACCUCGGCCGGAGAACCGUGCUGGAUGUUCUGGCAGCGGCCAGGGGUGCGGCCCAGACGGCAGAGACGGAGGAGAUCAGGAACCGUACUCUGGAAACCAGCAAGGCGAUGGCGGAGGCCUACCGCGGCCUUCUGGGAGCCCUGCUGGCCUCCGAUAGGUCUCAGCUGCCAGAACUGUCCCGCAGGGUCGCCCUGGCUGUGGCCGACAUGUUAGCCGCCGCAGAACUGCUCAAGGGGUCGGAAUGGGUGGACCCCGCGGACCCCACGGUCAUCGCGGAACAGGAGCUGCUGGGGGCCGCCGCCUCCAUCGACGCCGCGGCCCGGAAACUCGACGCCCUGAGACCCAGAGUGGCUCACAGCGCACAGACGGAUGAGAACCUGAACUUCGACGAGAUGAUCCUGGAAGCCGCCAAGUCGAUCAUAGCGGCGACCUCCGCGCUGGUGAGAGCCGCGUCCGCCGCGCAGAGGGAGCUCAUAGACCAGGGGAAGGUGGCUCGUCGUCCGACCUCGUCCUCCGACGACGGUCAGUGGUCGGAGGGCCUGGUGUCCGCGGCGCGCCUGGUGGCGGCGGCGGCGCACGCCCUGGUGGAGGCGGCCAACGCCCUGGUCCAGGGUGCCGCCACCGAGGAGCGACUCAUCAGCAGCGCCAGACAGGUCGCCUCCUCCACCGCACAGCUCCUCGUGGCCUGCAAGGUGAAGGCAGAUCCAAGCGCUGAGAGUACGCGUCGUCUGCAAGCCGCCGGGGCGGAGGUGAUCCGCUCCACCGACAACCUGGUGAGGGCGGCCCGCGACGCCAUCACUAGUGACGACGAACGCAGCCUCGUGCUGAACAGGAGGAUGGUGGGCGGCAUCGCGCAGGAGAUCGACGCUAGGUCUGAGGUCCUCCGCAUAGAGAAGGAGCUGGAGGAGGCUCGCGGUCGGCUGACGGCCAUCCGCCAGGCCAAGUACAAGUUACGAGACACGUCCGGAGAAGACACGGACACCGACCAGCCGGGGUACUGCAGUGACGGCACGCUCAACAACAGAUUCAAAACGCCCAACAGCAGUUUCAACACCACCUACAGUCCGAACAGCAGCUACACCCAGAACACCACUCACAACACCACCCAGAACACCACACAGAACACCACACAGAACACCACCCAGAACACAUCACAGAGUCACAACAUCAGCAUCAAUCAGAGUUACACUCAGAACGGCGUGACGCAGGACAAGAGUCCGUCCUUCACCAGCUUCAGACCCCAGGACGACACGCCCAAGAACUACGAGGGGUUCACCACACGCGAUAGGACAAGCAUGAGUGAGGAGCCCGUAGUCGUCAAGUCCUUACACCUGCCCCAAGUGAAGAUGGCUCACCUCGUCACCGACGAGACGCAGAGGAUAUACUACAGGCGGCCGCCGCCCCCGCCCCCGCCCCCGCCCAGGCGGAUACACAAUAAUUACGAGACACGACUGUACGACACGCCGCGGACCUUGAACGAAUAUUACACCAAAACGGACGAACGACACCACGACACCACCCAGACCCACCAGGCCCACCAGUCACACAAGGAGCAGAGGUACGGGUACGAGGACGCCAAGGCGCCGAUGAGUCCCAAGUUUAACGCCAGGGACAUGAAAUUCGAUGAGAAGGAACCGAUUUACUCCACGCUGAAGAAGCCGACUUCGAGCCUCGACGGCAUCGGUCAGAACUAUAGCGAACACCAUAAGUCCACAGAAAAAAUACCAGGAGGCACCAAGCACUCGGAGUACACUAUAAAGAGCGAGUCUUAUCAGAGCUUCCCGAAAACGGAGUUCUUCAAGACGGAAACGAGACAAGAGGUCAAGUCGCCUUUCGCGACCUCCACCCCCUCCAAGUUCGACAGACCGGAGUUCCCCGACUUCCCAAAGACCACCAUGGAGGUCGUCAAGGCGCCCACCCCAGACUAUGACAGAAUCUCGUCCCCCUACGGAAAGGAAGUCCACAGCUACGGCGGACCUAAUUUCUUCGAGAAGACCACGACCGAGGUCAAAGAGAUACCGAACGGGACCCAGAAGAUAACCACCACCAAGAUAUACAGCUCGUCCCCCGUCAACCUCACCACCACGAGCACUAAGUACGAGCCCGUCAAGCUGGACGGCAUCGACGAGCUGGCCAGGUCCUUCGACAACGACUCCAAGUACAGCACUCUGGACUCGCGCUUCAACACCCUGGAGUCUAAGAUGAGUUCGGACACCAGUCGCUCGUUCAUGAGGCCCUCGGAGUUCCAGGCGGCCGAGUAUCAGACCACCUCCGGCGUUUCCCACACCAACGCCUCUGAUCUCAUGAAGGAGAUCGACAGCAUGGAUCGGAAGUUCUCCAAGCAGACCAUAUCCUCGGAGAUCAUCGAGAAGAAGUCCGUCAUGACCAGCUCGCACAAGUCGGAGACCAGCUCCACCUACACCAAGAAGUUCGGCAACUUCUAGACGGCGUGGGAGGCCCAGUGUGACUCCACUCGAGGAGGAGGAGGGUCGCGGGCGGCGACAUGUAUACAUGCAUGAAGUAGUGUGACGUUGGUAGUGUUAGGAACUAACCGCCGGUGCUCUUAGACGUAGGAAGGAAUGUGCCUGAGAGAUGAAGUAGGAAACUAUUAUAAAUAUAUACAAAUAUAUGAGAUUUUGAUAUACAUUAAUAUAUAAUCCGCCAUGAAUUCACAAAGUGCUAAUCCCUCGGGAGCCUUAUAGUGUAGGUGUAAGGUAUGUGUAGAGGUGUUAGGUGUAAAGAAUCCGCGCCCACUGCCGCUCGCUCCGAUCACGCGACGCUCCCCUGUGUCCGGCGAUACUCCGCAACAGACGGACGGGUCACCGACACAUGGAAGGGUUUCAGCUCGAAGAGUCGAAGUCAGUGCCAUAAUGAUCGGAGUGAGAGCAGUCGGUGAGGUCGUACCCUUAAUGUAAGAUGGAAUUAUUAUUACGUGUAUGUAUUAACACUAGCGGUAAGGUACGAGUUCACGCUCGCCACGGGACGCCACACUGACCGCGCCUCGGCCGUGCGUGGCGAGGCGCGGUCGGACUGUCCUGUACAUAUUAUAUAUAUUAUAUAUUAUAACGAAGCUUCGGAACGUGGAAGAUUCGUUCUGGCAACACGGUGUCUUAAAUAGAUUAGACGGCUCUGUUAGAGUCUCGUAGAGUGUAGAGGGACCUUUAUAUUUAUAGUAUAGUAUAUUUCUCGUACUACCGUCUCGCGGCAACUAUUUAUAACGUCAUAUUAAUCUCAGUAUGUUAAACCAAAUAAGAAUAAUUAAUUUUCAUUUUAUAAUACUUUUUAUAUCUUUUGGACUAUUUUUAUUGUUUUGUUAUAAUUAUUAGAGAUUCUAUUGCUCCGUCGCAAGCAGCUCCGGGGCAUUCGGCUUACCUUGUAAUAAAUGUAUUACUAAUUA